CGGGGCUGGGCAUAAAAGAUUGUGCUCUCAACAGUGGAAGGCACAACAACAAAGACAAGCAAACAACCGAGACAAAACAGUCUGAUAUCUUUCGGCCAACACACCUACCUGUACUGUUGUCUCACAGGACAAAGAGCGACAGAUCACAAUGCCCGCCAUCGAGGGCAUAGUCUUGAUGCUGGAAACACAAUUCGAUGCCGACACAAUUCCAGAGGCGGCCAUAGCAGACGCCUCGACUUCUGAUGAGCGAUCAGUCGCCAUCUAUGUCCCCUCGUUUCUUGCCUCGCAGUUCUGGUUAUCCUACACAAUCAACCCAGCCAUGCUCGCACCUGCUCAUGCCCCGACAAAGUACAUGUUCUUCAAGCUACUUCUCGACGGCGAGUGUGUCGUCAGCUGGGGAGUCGGCGAGAAAGAUGAAUGGAAGGGCAAGACAAUGUGGGCCUUCUUCCGUGGAGAGGACAAUGGCGGUUGGCGUACUGUCGACAAGCGCGCUUUCUUCUUCCGCCCUACCGGAGACGACCAAGACUUUGAUGUCCUGGCAUACCGCGCAAGAGGCAGACGCCAGGCCUGUAGGCAAUUCGACGACAUGCCUCCUCCUGGCGAGACGGGCUUCGAUCUUCUCAACUGGGGCCGCCUCAAGGAACACCAUCCUCAAAACUUCUAUCAGUACGCCCUCAUGGAUGCUGUCGACCAGCCGUACGCCACCUUCCGCUAUCAUGUCCGAGGCGGUCCCCAUGUCAAAGCCCGUCGCUCAGACCAGCGAUCCGAGAGAUACAGCAGCGACGACUCGUACCUCGACGCCGACGACCAUCUUGAAAGCGUCGCAGACGAACUACCAGACCCAGUUCAGCUCCGUAGACUCUCUUACCCGCCGAGUAUCCGUCUCACUCCCACCUCUUCAAGCACCGAGCCUUCUUCGCCAACGAAGCUUGACCCCGAUCUUCCUGCUCCUCCAGAGAUAGGCCUCUCAACCAUCCUCGACCCAGAGACAUCGGUCAGCGCAGAGCUAUCGCCAACUUCAAUCUCACCUGCCGCUUCAGAGCCAGCGUUGGAAACCCCAGAUGAAAGCGAGAAAGAACGUCUAAGCAGCGUGGAUACAGUCCUUCGACGACACUUUGUCAGAACACCUACACCCGUCGUGACAGAUCAGCACGCCACGGCUACACCACCAUCAAGUCUGAGAAAGCGCAGUGGUGCAAAGAUCAAGGAAUGGUUUGGGAGCGUUUCUAAGAGAAGAGCUACCAGAUCGACCAGCCCGAUCCAUCCAGCCCUCUCCCACAAAGCCAGCUCGGCAUCCUUCUCUUGACCGUCUUCCUAAGUCGGAAUCUUCGAGUCUACCGAGCUCGCGGUGGACUUCUGAUGGGAGAAGCCAUGAAGAAAAACAAAAGAC